AUGAGCGGGAACGCGGCGUACCGGCCGCCGGGCCCGGUGGUGUAUCCGUCCUUGGACUGGCAACUCGAAGAGUUCCUCGCGUCGUUGCACGCCUCCGGUCACCUCGCCUCGCUCCGCACUCUCGCCCACGCCCGCGCGGAGAAGCGCCGGCUAGCCGUCGCCAAGGCGGAGCGCGAAGCUGCAGCUGCGGCGGCGCAUGGGGAGGAGGAGGAGGAAGAGGCUGGUUUCGAAUCGGAGCGGGACGAGUGGGAGCGAUGGACGCAUCGGCACGCGGAGGGCGAGGAGGAGGAGGAGGACGCGUCGACCAGUACUGACUCGGAGUGGCGCGACUGCGAGCCCGACUUCCGCGACGUCAUGGUUGGCGGCUGCACUCCGCCCACCGCCGCCGGCGGUGGCACCCUCGCGCAGUGGGCCAUGCGGCUGGGAGGCGUCGGCGGGGGAGCCCGGCAGCGCGUGGGGCAAGACUCGGACUUGGUGAUUGGGUGCGAGGAGCGGGAUGGGGGGAAAGACGAGCCGCGGCAGUAUAUUAAAGGCGCCGCGAAUGACGGCGAGGAGCAGGUAGUAACGCUGGCUGAUCUCCAUGGCUUCAUUCAAGAUCUGGAAAUCGACGACGACGAUCUCGCCAAAGCCGGCUGGCGUCAGACGCUCAGCCGCAAGACGGACCGCCUCUCGUGUCGCGCGUGGUCGCGGGAUCCCCCCGACGGCGGACCGACGGUGUACCGCUGCCACAUGGUGAUCCGCGAGUGCAGCGCGGAGGCGGCGCGGGACUUUUUCCUGGACGAGGAUUACCGCGCGGAGUGGGACGACACGCGCGCGCAGGGCAGCCAGAUGCUGGAGGAGUGGGACCCGCGCGGCGAGUGCGUCGCGCGCUGGGUGCGCAAGUUCCCCUUCUUCCUGCGCGACCGCGAGUACGUCGUCGCGCGUCGCGUGUGGUCGCUGCGGUCGCACACGUACCACUGCAUCUCGAAGCUCACCACGCACCCCUCCGCGCCCCCGCGCGCCAACCUCCUCCGCGUGUCCGCCUUAACGUCCAAGUGGCGCGUCGCCGCCGUCACCAACGCGCAACAAAUAUCCGCCAUCUGGCCCCCUGCGCAGGGGACUGCGCAAGCAUCCAAGGUAAAGCCCGCGCGCCGCCAGGCGCAUCCCGGAAACACCGGGGGGGGGAGCGGCGUGUUUUGGAGGCAGGCGAGCGGGGAAGAGUGUGGGGAAAGCAAAUGCGGGGAGUCGCGGCUGCCGGAAGGGGUGGCAGGCCGGGGGGAAGCGGAGGAGAGGCAGGAGAGUGGUUGUUGCGGGGAAUCGGCGGGUUGCGCGGAGCAGGCGUGCGACAUUGUGACGAUCCACGCGGAGGACUCGGGGGUGUCGCGCAACAUCGCCAAGAUGGGCGUGGCGCGCGGCAUGUGGUCGCACGUGGUGAAGAUGGAGGCGGCGCUGCACGCGUACGUGCGCGCGGGGCGCAACGCCAAGCACUCGCUGCCCAUGUUCCUGCUGCACGCCGAUGCCAUGCACGCUGCUGCCUCCGGCAUCAGACCGCUCCCACCGCCGAAGGCGCAGCGGAGCGCGGAAUGGGCGCGGCCCGCGCGCCACACGACCGCCGCGCCAUCUCUGCGCGGCGGUGGCGGGGUUCGAGCGCAUAGCGCGGAAGGCCCACGGUUGCGGGGAGUGCUUGCGAAAUGGGGGAGAGGCGAGGGGCUGGAUAGCAGCGGCGGAAGAUUCAGUCCCGCGCGCGGAUUGAAGCGCGGAUGCAGGGCAGCAGCGGGGGAAGUGGGGGGCGGAGAUGCGGCGCAGGGAUGGGGGGAGUUGGAAGGCAGGUGGCGGUGGUGGUGGGAGGGAUGGGGGGAGGAGGAGACAGGGGAUGAGAGAGGGGGGAGAAGCGGGGGUAGAGUGCGAGACACAUGGGCGGAUUCGUGGCAGGGAAAGGAUGAGGAGUGGAGCCUGGCGUACAGCCGAGAUGCCACCAUUGCCCUCGCACACUCCCUGCUGCAUGGCCCGCUGCACCCAGCACAGGGGGCGGAGGGGAACAAAAAUCCAAAGGAAGCAGGGGGAGCAGAGGCGUUUGGGGGGGAAGUGAUUGGGGAGGAGGGGAAUGAGGGAGGCGGCAAGGAGAGGGGGCCGGGAAGGGUGGUGCUUGUUGGCCACUCGGCGGGCUGUCUGCCAGCCAUAGAGGCAGCUCUCGCCCGCCCCGAUCUCUUCUCUGCCCUCGUCCUCAUCGCACCUGCCCUCGUGCUGCCCCUGCUGCCGCCCCGCACCCGAUCGCCCCCCUCCUCAUCGCCUCCUCGCGCUGCUGAUCACCACUCUGCGGGAGAGGCUGCAGGAGGAAACGAGGGAGAGGCAGGGUUAGGAGAGGGGAAAGAAGGAGCAGGAGGAGCAGGAGAAGCAGGAGGAGCAGAAGAAGGGGGGGAAGAAGCAAGGGAUGGCGGGGCCAAACGGGGGGGCGUUGCCCUCACCUGCUCGCCCCACCUGCCCUCCGCCCUCGCUGCUCUCGUGUUGCGAUGCGAGCUCAUGCGACUCAUGGUGCGAGCAGUGAUGGGCACCGUGGGAGUGGCAGCAGUCAAGCAGGCAUGGAGUAAUCCGUCCCUCUGCUCGCCAGCCAUUGUUGAUGGUUACACCAAGCCCCUGGCGUGUCGCAACUGGGACAGGGCGCUGAUAGAGUUCACAGUAGCAGCCACGCUCAACCCCAACACGGCCACCAAGCUGCAUGCACUUAACCUCCCAGUCCUUGUUGUUGCAGGUAGGCAAGAUAAGAUACUUCCCCACUGGAGCGCCAGGAGGGUAGCAGCAGCAUUGCGUAAUGCCAAGCUGGUAAUUCUGGAAGAGUGUGGCCAUGUCCCACAAGAGGAAAACCCAGAUGUGCUGCUGACUGCCAUUGCUGACUUCUUAGGUCACUCUGGACCUCUAUUCGACUAA